CAGUUAUAACCCAGUUUCGUUCCCAGCUUGACACACCAAUCCAAUCGCUCGCUUUUCGGUUGAUGAUUAACUGUAUGCCUACAUAUUCCAUUGAUUGGUAAAUAUACCUUUCUUGUGCAAGUGGCAGUCGGUCUGCUUUCGUAGUGAAAAAAGAAAGUAAUUUGUGAUUGCGUUAGCGAAUUUUUCCCCAAGCGUUAUUAUUUCCCCCAUUCGUUGUGUGUCCUGUUCAUGAUUAAAUUUACAUCGUAAUCGUUUCAUCCGCGAGCGAUAUUAAAGUGUGAAAAGCGUCAUGAGGCAUCAGCUGGUUGUCUACUUCAAGGAGAUUCUCUCACAGCGAUAAAGUGACAAAUCCCUGCAGAGGAAACUGGGAUUGCUUAAGAUGCUGGAAUAAUGUGAAAAGUUGGAAAAUACAGCAUUGAGCAGGGCGACAUAAUUAUAGCCCAGUGCAUAUUUUAAAAGAUUGCAAAAAUCGCAACGGUUUGAUAGUGUGAGUGUUGUGCGCUAAUGCAAUGGACAAGAGAGUAAAGAUUUUAGUUGCCGUGUUCUGGAAGCAGUAGUGAAAAUUGUUCAAGAUUAUCCCGUGUCUCAAAUUUACUCAGCCUGGAAAGCAGAACUCCGCCGGGAAUGGCACGGAUUGCCGAGGACAGUGAUUUUGAAGCACUGAAACGGCUGGUGGAUGAUCACGAGGGAUGGACGCUGGAGCUUUCGAAAUCGGACACACAGGUGUACACGCGUCCGGUCGCCGGAUGCAACUUCAACAUGGUGAAAAUUCACACGGAGUUUGCCGACGUUACGGCGGAUAUCCUGUUUGACGUGCUGCACGAUCCGGAUUACCGGAAAGUCUGGGAUUCGCACAUGUUGGCCAGCGAGGAAAUUGGCAUCCUCAACGUGAACAAUGAUGUCGGAUACUAUGCGAUGUCAUGCCCACCCCCGCUGAAACCUAGAGAUUUCGUACUACAGAGGUCUUGGCUAGAUACAGGCCCCCUUGGAGAGCAAAUGCUUCUAUCCCGUUCGGUCCCGCAUAAAAAAUAUCCUCCUAAAAAAGGAUACGUUAGGGCAAUGUCCUACAUCACUGGGUUCGUACUGAGAACCAACGAAAACUCAAAGACUGGAUGCAUACUUAAGUACGUGGCGCACUGUGAUCCCCAGGGGACGCUUCCACCGUGGCUAGUGAACAAAGUAACACACACCCUGGGCCCUCGAAUGGUCAAAGAUCUGAAGAAGGCAGCCUUGGGUUACAUCAGCUGGAAGCAAACCCAACCGCAUUUGCGGAAGCCGUGGCGAUUCCCGGAGGAAAUCAACGGCCCGAGAAUAUCGAUAGAAGACUGCCUGGAUGUUGUUGAAGUUCCGGUUCAGCGAAUGCUUCCACAAACUCCAAGUACACAGCCCACGGCUAACGGAAAAGUAACGACUGGAAAAGUGGUAAAACCACUGAACGUCAUAACACCUACCACGCCGCCGCAACCUACAGUCAACAGUACAAGUACAAUUGCCAGCAGUUCCAGUAGUAUUAACGGCAAAAAAGAAGAAAAAAAAGAUAGGAAAUUUUUCGAACGAAAAGGAAAAGUUGAUAACAAAACAAACAAUGCAAACGGAUGCGGCAGUCCAAGUAUGAGCAAUAAAAAGGAUGAGAAGAAAUUUAAAAAGGAAAGCAAAGAUGAUAUCAGUGUGAAAGAAAAAAAGGAUGGCGGACUAAAGAAGCGAAGAUCCUUGUUGAGCUUGAAGUUUUAGAUAGUCAUCAUAACCCAAUUCUUUAGCUAUGCGAUACAACAAAAAGGACAUCUACAAACGAAUCUAGCAAUGUUGUAUACAAAAAGGAACAUCUACGCACAGGCAGUGUAAGAAAUAGAUAUGUAACGGAGACGUCUCCUUUUUGAAUGAUUCAGAUGGUUACAAUUUUACCAGUACACAAAAAUCAAUCAUAUCAAUAAAUAAAAAUACCGUCUGAUAUGUUUUACCAUAUGUGUAACCGUUUUACGCAGACCGUACCUAAUGGCCAGUUGGAAUGUAAUGCAUGAUUCCAUUUACGACUUGUUCACGAUCGUAUAGAAAUGUCUUUGAUCUUAUUUUACAAAUCGUGAAAACUACGAUUAUUCUUGUGCAUAGAAAGUUUGUAUAUAAAACUGUUGUCUGAAAUUAUUUGUUAGUGUUGAAAUAUGUAGAUCAGAAAUUGGGAAACAACUUCCAUUUUUAUCAAUUUUAACAAUACCAGUUUUUGUCAACAGACAUCUAUGUAUAUAUGAAUGUAGGUAGCCACCAUCCAACAGACAUCUGCCCAAAAAAUUCCAGUCUGGGCUUUCCUUUCGAACAGAUCAAUAAAAAUACACUAUACUUUCUUCUUCGUUUAUUAUCCUUAUUUAGAAUAUUCUGAAAUUUAAUCCUGAGGCCUUCCCUAGCUAUUCCAUUAAAUAAAAACAAUCGAAUAAAUGAAAAAUCAUAUGAAAUAGAAUAGUUUAGUUAACAAAUUCGUAAAGUCAAUAAUGGAAAGAAAAUUUACAAUCAUUGUGAAACCAAGAACACGAAAUACUAUUAGUUAGUAAUGGAAGCUCUUUUAUAUAUCUUUGAUACGUUAGGCUGUCAAUAUGCGGCGACUUACUAAAUGUGUGUUGUGAUUUUUCUCUUCAUAUAUCUGCUGCCUAGAGUAAGUCACAGUUCAGUGAUCAUUUGCUGAGUAUCUGUUUAACGUUUAUAAACGUGCUAAG